UGCGUGUAUGCUCUUUCUACAUACAUGUCUAUGCUGAGAUUUAUACACUUCCGUUCAUUCGACCACCGUGUUUCCCUUCUCAUUUUUUCUACAGGUAAAAUUUCCUCCUCAAGAAAAAACAGCCAGCCUUCAGGGAAUUAAGAAAAACAAUAAGCCUUAUUUUCGACGUUAGUCUUAAAUUGCACACUAAUGAAAUCGAUUUUGUAUAAUAUUAACAAAAAUUUUCCCAAUUCAGCCGCAAGCAUUUUCAUUCAAAUUUCUCUGAAACUAUGCUUGUAUAGACAACUCUAUUGAUAGUUACCAAAUUGAAUGUAAAAAUUUGUUCAUGUUCAAAUUUUUGAAGUAUCUUCUUUGAUCAGUGGUUCCAACAUUGCUUUGACAAACCGAUUGCCUUUUAUUAGCUUUUUAUUUGCUUGCUUAUCACUUGUUUAACGGUGCAUACCUCAUCGGCAAAAACUUCUACAGAUAGUUUUUUUUUGCAUCGUUUUUUAAUUAUCGCGAGGUUGAUGCAUACGCAACACCUACAAAUGUCCUAAAAAAUCCGUUGGUUAAAUAUUCGCUCUAUUUUUGGCCUAUUUUUUUUAUCUACCCUUUGGUAAGAAAAUGUGGGAUGAAAAAAAGGAUACCCAGCUACCCAGCCUCAUAUCCGUCUCAGAUUACUAAAACCGGUGACAAAAUUAGAGUAUUCAGAUCAUUCCAGUUCACAGCUAAGUUUGAGAUCCUAUUUAAUCGUGUUAUCAACCAUCUGGAUCUUUGGUUAUUGAACGAAGUUUGGUGCCGACUACCAGAUAACUCUGGAGUAUUCUAGUUAAUCUUCAAUUUCUUCUCUUCUCUUCUCUCUCACUUUUGUGAAACUUUAAGAAUCGAAAACCUUCUCACGCUAGUCCUAUUUGAUCAUUACUUUGAAAAGAAGGAACAAUCUUUUGCCGACAGACCGAGCCUUUCUAUUCGCCCUAACAGCAAAGAACUGGAGUGAAUGUUCGGGAUGAUUUCGGAAGUGUUAGCUCGUAUAGCCAGUGUGAGUGUGGGCGGUGAUGGAGGGGGAGGGGGUUUGGACAGCGACUGUGCGGACAGACUCAACUUCAAAUACUCAUGUCUUCUUCUCAUGAGUCUAGGAGCACUUUUCACCACCAGACAGUUCGUAGGCGAGUCUAUAGUGUGUUGGUCGCCGAACAACUUCAACCAGCAGUGGAUCAAGUACAGCGAUGCUUUCUGCUGGGUGUCGAACACUUUCAACGCCCCCCUCGACACCCACCACGCCCCCCACCUGGACAAGUAUGAGGCAGUGGAGCUGCACUACUACCAAUGGGUGCCACUCAUCUUAUUCCUCAUGGCGCUAACUUUCCUGUUUCCUCACCUCCUGUGGAGAACAGUCUAUCUGUAUGCUGGUCUGGACUUGGAACAGAUAGCACUGCAUGCGACCAGUUUCCACAUCCAGAUAGACGAACUAGCAUGGCACACUUUGAUCACUCGUCUGGCCAGACACAUCGACAGAUAUUUAGAGCUGCAGAAGUGUGUGGGGGAGGGGGAGGGUGGUUGUUGGGAGAGAGUGCGGGCAGUGCUGACUGGUCGGUGCUGUGUGUUGUCUGUGAGUAGACACUUUGGCAACUUCCUCUCCUUCAUCUACCCUGCAGUCAAGACACUCUAUCUACUAAAUGUAGUCGGUCAGAUGUACCUACUCUCACUAUGGCUAGGCGAGGAGUACAGAUGGUACGGGAUAGACGUGUUGUUCAGCAUGGGAUUGGAGGGCAAGCGGCUCUCUGACGUCACCAGUCUCUUCCCCAGAGUCACGUGGUGCAAGGUGCAGGAGAGGGGAAAAGAGAGCAUUCUAGUGCACAACAUGAACUGUGUUCUUCCGAUUAAUCUCUUCAACGAGAUGGUAUUCCUCGUGGUGUGGUUCUGGCUGGCAUUUGUGUUCGGGGUGACCAGUUUGAGUCUGGCCAGAUGGUUCCUCAACUGCAGCUACAUGGGCGACGAGUAUGUCCGCAAACACCUCAAGUUCAGCAACAAACUGCAGACGGCCGAAGACAAGAAACUCCUUCGGCGCUUCCUCCACGGCUACCUCAAACAGGACGGGGUCUUCAUCAUCCGCAUGCUAAGUCGGAACACCUCCUCCAUUUUCGUCUCUGACCUCCUGUCCGAAAUGUUUGAACUCCACCGAGUGAAAAGUACCGAACAGAGGCGACAACAAAGACUGCAUAGAGCCACCCAACAAACCAAGAAUCCUCCGAUACCUCCUCACGAGCCAACUCCAUCACACCUCCUUCAGAUCCAGGAGCCGCCUGUUCACAGUACCCUGGAGAGUUACCAAAGCGACGAGAACCUCCUACUCAAAGUAUCGGAACCUCCGAGCUCAAACAAUACAAAUAGUCAACCAGCUCCUAUUUUGCCUCCCAGAAGUGUUGCAGGUUCGACCAUUUCCAAUCAAGGCACUUGUGGUGAUAUUCGUCCUAUGCCACCCCCCUUAUACCAGAGGUUCGCUACAAACUUAGAAGUGGUUUCAACGCGCAGCUGUGAUACCAUUUGUGAUAAGAAAAAGUGAAAUUCAAUAAACAUUUUCCUUGCCUUGUUUUAGCACAAGUAAUAAUAACGCUUUGCAACAAUAUUUGUUCAGAGUUUAAACUGUUGAUGCCAAUUUGAUAAUAAAUCAUGUUAUGUUAAAUCAUCAAUUUGAAAUUUAAACUUUUUUUAGGAUCAA